AUGAGUGCGCACGAGAUAAUGAAGAGCGUGCUUAUGUGCUCCAUGCAUACUCCCCCCACGCUCCCCAAUUCACCCUCCCUCCUCGUCCACCCAACCCCUGGCAGCAAGAGCGUGCGGUUCAGCACAAUGAGUGCGCAUGAGAUAAUGAAGAGUGCGGAGGUGCAGGUAUCAGAGAGGAGUCUGUACCAGCUGCCAGAGCGCAAGCCCACGCCCUUUGGCGUGCUAGACCCUCGCCUGGGAACGACGAGCAAGAAGGGCGAGUGCACGACGUGCAACGGCACGCUGCAGGACUGUGCGGGGCACUUUGGGUACAUUCGCCUGGAGCUGCCAGUGUACCACAUGGGGUACUUUAAAGUCAUUCUGCUCAUCAUGCAAUGCAUCUGCAAGAACUGUGGGCGCAUUUUGCUGAGCGACGAGGAGCGGCGGCAGUGGCUGAAGAAGUUCCGGCACCCGCGGGUGGAGGUGCUGCAGAAGAAGGCCAUGGUGAAGCGCGUUUCAGAGCGGUGCAAGCGCACCAGGAUGUGCCACUACUGCGGGGACCACAAUGGCACUGUGAAGAAGCUGACUGGUACCCUCAAGCUAUCCCAUGACAAGUAUGGGAAAGAUAUGGACGCCAAGGACGACGUGGUGCGGCGCAUGGAGGCAGCGGUGGAGGCGAACAAGGAGAUAGCGCAGCACUCGAGCAAGGUGGCGGACGACCUCAACCCCGUCAGAGUGCUGUGGCUCAUGGAGCGCAUGCUGGAUGAGGACUGCGAGCUUCUAGACCUCUACUAUCGCCCCGAGCGCCUCAUAGUAACACACCUGUCGGUCCCCCCAGUGGCCAUCCGUCCGUCCGUGGUGAUGGAGUCAGCGGCGGGGAGCAACGAGGACGAUGCGACGAUGAAGCUGGCGGUGAUCAUCGAGGUCAACAGCGCGCUCCGACUCGGCAUUCAGAAAGGGCUGCCCAUGCCCAACCUCGUGGAGAACUGGGACUUCCUGCAGCUGCAAGUGGGGCUUUACAUCAACUCGGAGCUCCCCGGCCUGCCCCUAGCAGCGCAGCCCACGAAGCCGACUAGAGGGUUUGUGCAGCGGCUGAAGGGCAAGCAGGGGCGGUUCCGGCAGAACCUGUCGGGCAAGCGUGUGGACUUCAGUGGCCGCACUGUCAUCUCCCCGGACCCCAACCUCAAGAUCUCCGAGGUGGCGGUGCCCAUGCACAUGGCGCAGCUGUUGACGUUCCCCGAGGCGGUGAGUCGGCACAACAUCCACAAGCUGAGGCAGCUGGUCAUCAACGGCACCGCCAAGUACCCAGGGGCUAACUUCGUGCUCUACCCCAACGGCAACAAGUGGUUCCUCAAGUAUGGAGACAGAAGGAGAGUAGCAGCAGAGCUCAAGUAUGGGGACAUAGUGGAGAGGCAUCUGGAGGACGGCGAUAUGGUGCUGUUUAACCGCCAGCCCAGCCUACAUCGCAUGUCCAUCAUGUGCCAUCGGGCGAGGGUGAUGCCAUGGAAGACACUUCGCUUCAACGAGAGUGUGUGCAAUCCAUACAAUGCGGAUUUCGAUGGCGAUGAGAUGAACAUGCACGUGCCGCAAACCGAGGAGGCCAGGACAGAAGCCCUGCUUCUCAUGGGGGUGGAGAACAACCUGUGCACGCCCAAGAACGGGGAGAUUCUAGUCGCCUCCACGCAGGACUUCCUCACCUCCGCCUUCCUCAUCACCAGACGGGACACCUUCUAUGAUCGAGCCUCCUUCUGCCUGCUCUGUUCAUACAUGACGGACGGCGCCAUGCAAGUGGACAUCCCCACGCCCGCGCUGCUCAAGCCAGUGGAGCUGUGGACGGGCAAGCAGCUCAUAGGCGUGCUCGUGCGCCCCUCCGCGCACGACCGCGUAUUUGUCACGCUCGGCGUGCCCGAGAAGACCUACAGCAAGAAGGGCGGGCCCUUCUGUGUGAACGAUGGGUUUGUCUUCUUCCGCAACAGCGAGCUGCUCUCGGGGCAGCUGGGGAAGGCCACUCUAGGCAACGGCAGCAAGCUGGGUCUGUUUGCGCUGCUCAUGCGCGAGUACUCGGCGCAAGUGGCUGCCGUGUGCAUGAACCGACUGGCCAAGCUCAGUGCGAGGUGGAUUGGCAACCACGGGUUCUCCAUCGGGAUAGACGACGUGCAGCCGUCCAAGCAUCUGUACAACGAGAAGCAGCGGGCCGUGGAGGAGGGGUACGAUGCGAGUCUGCAGCACAUCCAGGCGUUCAACGAGGGGAGGUUGACUCUGCAGCCCGGGUGCAACGCUGCCCAGACACUAGAGGCGAAUAUUACCGGCGAGCUGAACAGGAUUCGAGAGGAGGCAGGGAAGGUGUGUCUGCGGGAGCUGCAUUGGCGCAACAGUCCGCUCAUCAUGUCACAGUGCGGGUCCAAGGGGUCGCCCAUAAACAUAUCGCAGAUGGUCGCCUGUGUGGGCCAGCAGUCUGUGGGCGGCAAGCGAGCGCCCAACGGGUUCCUCCACCGCUCCCUCCCGCACUUCCCCCGCCACGACCGCUCUCCCCAGGCGAAGGGCUUCGUGGCAAACUCGUUCUACAGCGGGCUGACACCCACGGAGUUUGUGUUUCACACCAUGGGCGGCCGAGAGGGGCUCGUCGAUACCGCUGUGAAAACAGCAGAGACGGGGUACAUGUCGCGGCGGCUGAUGAAGGCGCUGGAGGAUCUGUCAGUGGCGUACGAUGGCACGGUGCGCAACGCCAGUGGCGGCAUCGUGCAGAUGCGGUACGGCGAUGAUGGCAUGGACCCCGCCCACAUGGAGGGGAGUGAUGGAGGGGCGCUCAACCUUGAUCGUACCUUCACCACAUGCCAGGCCUUGCGUCCCAUGCGCAGCGACCCCCCGCUCUUCCCCGACGAGAUGCGCGCGCACAUGCAGACAAGAUUCGCCGCCCCGGAGUUUGCCGACCCGGAGUCAGAGGGCGGCUGCUCCACUCGGUUCCGAGACUCGGUACUUGGCUUUCUGGACAAGCAGCUGGGGGCGAUCGAGGGGACAAGGCGGCGACUAGGGUUACCAGUUACCAAGGAGGAGACCGAGAGAGGGGUAGAGGAUGCUAUGGAGGUGGAUGGGAAGGCUGGGAAAGAGGGUGUUGAGACAGAAGAAGGAAAUGGGGAGGGGAAGGGGGACGGAAAAGUGGAGGGGGAAGGGAAAGGGGAGGGGCAAGAGGAGGCGGAAGGGGAAGGGGAGGGGAAGAAGGAGAGGGUGUUGGAGAGAGGGGUGGCGGAGAAGGUAGCUCGGAACUUGUGUGGGAUAACGGCAAAGCAACUGCAGGUGAGGGAGCAAGGAGUCAGUGGUGUCUUAGGUAUGAUGAUGACUGAGAAGGUGCUGGAGAGAGGGGUGGCUGAGAAGGUGCUGGAGAGAGGGGUGGCUGAGAAGGUGCUGGAGAGAGGGGUGGCUGAGAAGGUGCUGGAGAGAGGGGUGGCUGAGAAGGUGCUGGAGAGAGGGGUGGCUGAGAAGGUGCUGGAGAGAGGGGUGGCUGAGAAGGUGCUGGAGAGAGGGGUGGCUGAGAAGGUGCUGGAGAGAGGGGUGGCUGAGAAGGUGCUGGAGAGAGGGGUGGCUGAGAAGGUGCUGGAGAGAGGGGUGGCUGAGAAGGUGGCUCGGAACCUGUGUGGGGUGAAAGCCAAGCAACUGCAGCUAUUCCUGGACACGUGCAUUCGCCGCUACCAGUCCAAGCGCAUGGAGCCGGGCACAGCAGUGGGGGCCAUCGGGGCACAGUCCAUAGGCGAGCCAGGCACACAGAUGACUCUCAAGACCUUCCAUUUCGCUGGCGUUGCUUCCAUGAAUGUGACUCUGGGAGUGCCGCGAAUCAAGGAGAUUAUCAACGCGGCCAAGAACAUCAGCACACCCAUCGUCACUGUCAAGCUGGAGACGGACAAUGACGUGAAGGCGGCUCGCAUUGUGAAGGGGCGCAUUGAGAAGACCACGUUGGGGGAGGUGGUUAAAAGUAUGAAAACCGUCCUGACCCCCAGCCAAGCGAUGCUCUCGAUCCGUCUCGACAUGCAUCGAAUCAGCGCUCUCCAGCUCGACAUCACCGCCUACACGGUCGCAGACGCCAUCACGACCGCGUCGCGCCUGCGCAUGAAGCUGAAGGCGCAGCACAUCCGCGUGGUGAGCGCGGACAAGCUGCUGGUCUACUCGCCCGAGCAGGACAGAAGGCAGCUGCUCUUCUCGCUGCACAGCCUAAGGAAGAAGCUGCCGCAAGUCAUGGUCAAGGGCAUCGCGAGCGUGGAGCGGGCUGUGAUUAAUGACCUUGGCGGCGGGAAAUACAACCUGCUGGUGGAAGGGACCAACUUCGGUGCAGUGCUGGGCAUAACAGGCGUGGACGGGUGCAAGACAAAGAGCAAUCACGUGAUGGAGGUGGAAUCGGUGUUGGGGAUAGAGGCGGCGCGGUAUGCCAUCAUGCACGAGAUCAACUACACCAUGGGUUCCCACGGCAUGACCAUCGACCCCCGCCACAUGAUGCUGCUCGCUGACGUCAUGACCUACAAGGGCGAGGUGUUGGGAAUCACGCGGUUUGGCAUAGCGAAGAUGAAGGACAGUGUGCUCAUGCUGGCGUCCUUUGAGAAGACCACGGACCACCUCUUUGACGCCGCCGUGCACGGGCGCAAGGACGAGAUCGAGGGGGUUUCAGAGUGCAUCAUCAUGGGCAUCCCCAUGCCCGUUGGCACAGGGCUGUUCAAACUCAAACAGAAGUGA